AAAGUAUCUUGUCCCAAGAUCUAUGACUAUUACACAAAGGACUCCAAGUUCUACAUUGAAAUGGAAUAUAUUGCUGGAAAGACGUUAUGUGAUAUNUGGCCAGAAUUGAGUGAAGAGCAGAAACAGACUGUUACAGAUAAUAUUCUAAACGAGUUGAAUAAACUAAGAAAAGAAACAUCAAACGAAAUAUGUGGAAUUGAUGGUAAUAGUUUUCGUGAUCCAUUGUUUGGCCACUUGAAGUUUGAAUCUGAAAGGGCGUUCAACAAGCAUAUCUCUUCAUAUAUGUCAGACGAUUCAAGGUUAGUUAAAUUUGGAGAGCUUGUUCUACCCACUGAUAGUAUCAUUUGCCUUCGUCAUGGAGAUUUGAAUGUCACCAAUAUUAUUGUCAAAGAUGACAUGAGUGUCGUUUUAAUCGAUUGGGAGUCUAUGGGCUUUUUACCUGAAUAUUGGGAUUUGAUGAAAUUGUUUGUAGUUGCGUCACGAGAAAUGGAGGCUCCCAUGUUGGUUUUGAGUACUCCAGUGAAUAAAACCACCGUAUUUAUCUACAUCCUUAUUCUAAAUUUAAUGUUUGGUUAAUGGAGGUUAUCUCACUAAUCUAUUUCCAUUGCCAAUGAAUAAGGAUUCUCGAACAUGAAGAUAUCUUCGUCAAGUCACUUGCUACGUGUAAAACAGAGGGAAAAAGAUUAGCUGGGAAUUUAU